AUGACAUCGUUUCUUUUUUCCUCCAAUUCUUCUGUUUUCCGCUUUCUAUUUGUUUUACAUGUGUCUUUCUUUAUUUUUCUUGAUAAAAGAAAGAGACAUUUAAACUCGAUGAAAUAUCUUUCUUUGUUAUAUGGCUUCUUUCCUUUCUCCAUUCCCGCUAUCUAUUAUCAUAGCGCUUCUUUCUUUCUUUCUUUCUUUCUUUCUUUCUUUCUUUCUUUCUUUCUUUCUUAUUCAUAUAUAUUUCAUAUUUUCUCCGAUUUUGAUCUAUCUGUCCAUCAUUUCUUUAAAUUAACUUUUUAUUUUCUUUCUUUCUUUCGUUCUUUCGUUCUUUCUUUCUUUUCACAACAUUCUGUUUACUUGUCUUUUUUGCGACUAAGUUCCUUUGCAUCCAAAUCACUUACUUUCCUUUCUUAUUUUCGGAACCACAGCCUUCCCCUCCCUGUUUUCUUUGAGUAUCUUUCUUUCUUUCCUAACCAUCUCUCUCUUCCAAGAUUCAUGCCUCUUUCUUUGCCUUCCUUAUAUCAGACUGCAUUAAUUUUUCAUUUCUUCCUUUCAGAGUUGAUAAUCCAUAAAAACUUAUCAAACAAUCAAAACUUCGUUUCUACCUGUCGUCUGUUUCUUCCACAUUACCUCGCUUUUUUCUUUCCUGAUGUAAUUAAUUCUUUAUAUAUUUUCUUUCAUUCAUUCAUUCUUUCUUUCUUUCUUUCUUUCUUUCUUUCUUUCUUUCUUUCUUUCUUUCUUAAUAAACUUGCCGCCAACCAUUUUGCUUGUUUUAUCCGCUUUUAUUUUUAG